CUGAUAACGAAGCAAAGAACACCCCACUUUCUUCCUUUACUUUGAUUUGGGAGAGACGAACGGGGAGUUCUGUCUGCAUAAUCUCGGACGAGAUGCCCUCGGUCGCGGAGCGCCCGCGCUCGUCGCAGGAAACUCUACUGCGGCUCGAAAAAGGCACCGCUUCACCUUUAGCACAGAUUAACGACGCUGCUCACAUUAUCGGACUUGAUCUAAGCCUGUGUACGACACAUCUGGAAUUCAAUCGAACCGGACAUAUCCAGACCAAUGCCGCCCCGAAAGAAGAAUGGGUUCUCCGGUGGUUGUUGAAGAAGCUGCGGGCAGGGAAAAGCCAUCGUGUCGAACCGGCCUCAUUUCUCCUUCUGCGACAGUUGAUCGAUCUGAUCCCUCCAAAGACCCUAGCGACAAUACUCAAAGACCAGAAGUUUCUAGCGACAUUAAGCGACGUGAUUACAGAUCUGGAGGAAGAUAUUUUCGCAACUCUCGAGAAUGGAAAGGCUGAGGAUCUGCGCUUUGGUUCGGAGUCGAGCGAUACUUUGGGCGAUUCACCACAUGACGACAGGAAGGGAACUAAGAGAAAGAGAGCCGAUGCCGACGACCAAGAUGCUAUGGAUAUCGACCAGCAGCCGCAGACAUCCUCCUCCUGCUUCCUCUCCUUUAUUCGCGUUUUGGAUUGUCUUUAUAGCUUGGUUACGUUGACGAGUCGGGCAGCGGGUAUCGAUGAAGUUGCCAGCUUGCACUUGAAGCAUGCCCUCCGCGGUGAGCCAGAGUCGGUCGCGAAGCUGCUGGGUCAGUCAUUCAAGCUCGCUGCCAUAGUCUCCAAACAGCUCUUCGACGGACGAAAGACGACCGACUUGCAACAUCUCCUCUACAUCAUCCCGGCCGUGUUGGAGUUGUGGGAAAUGAGAUCUUCCCUCCGGGACGAUUCGGACGCCGGGUCAAGUCAUGAAUCCUUUGCAAAGUAUUGCUUCCAGAAUGCACUCAGGCUUCAGGUCUGUGUACGCUCUAUCAAGCUUGAUACGGACGAGAGGGCUCAGGUCUUACACGGUGUUGAGCGUUUGAUUGCUCUCCAUGUCGUCCUACCGGCUCGUACAGCGUUCUUCGACCGAGGUGGUGCGGGCAUAGACUACUCAAGUGACGAGCCGGACUGGAGCUCCGUCAAGCCCGUGUCGGAGACGUUCAAGCCUAUUCUCUGUGCGACUGAUUCUUCAAAGACCAUCAAGCAGGAGAAGAAGCUCUGGAAAACUGCUGAGCUGCUCCCUGAGUUCCUCGAUAUCGCUACCCGCUCCGUUCCCAGAGACACCUUUCGCCGGCAGACACACGAGGCUCCCUGGUUGGAGACCCUCUUUGUUGCGGUUGCGGAGCUGGCGUUCUCGAUUGUCAAACAGGAGAGUUUGGGUUCAUCGGCCGCCUACGUUUCCGAGUUUGUUAUCAUCCUGGAACAGCUCUUCCGUAUUGUUUUAAACCGGAACGUGCAGCUCUCUCUACACACGCUUCUCACCCAUGCCGCAUACACGGGGCUACUCAAGGAGGGUCUGUCCCCAGUUGAAUGGGGCUUGACGGCCUUGUUAAUCGAACUGGGAGCGGAUAUUUUCUUGCCAAAUUCUGGCCUCAAGGAUUCCGCCAAGUUGCUGAGGGCUCUGCUUGAGAAGAUACUUCUUCAUUGGCGCAGUGGCGUGCGCCGCACAGACAGCAAUUACGAUACCAUUAAGAACGGAAUAGUGAUCCCCUUGCUGCGCGCGUUCCUUGCUGCAAGAGAUCUUCCGACUUUCAUGCAACUAUGGUACGAGCAGUUGAUCGACGUCGAAGAGGCGCGCCUCGCGGAUAGCAGCUUGAGCCUCUUCUCUAUUUGGGAGGACGAUGAUUUGUGUAACGUUUAUAGCGACAUCUUGCGGAGUCCCCUCACACACGCUACUGCUGAUGCGCAGAUGCGAGCAGCUGCAGUGGAAAUAAGAGGCGAGGACGGGAAGAUUUCCUCUGCACCCGGCGCUUUUGCUCAAUUCGUCCUCUUGGAAGCUGGUCUCAGGAACCGAGCCCUCGGUGCUGCGGGCGCGAGAGAAGAGUUGAACUCUAUUCUUGAGACCAUGACGGCGACGCUGUCCUCAAAGCAGAGUUUCCACUGGCGUUGGCGUUUGUGGCGACUGGCUCGCAAUUUACUCGCGAGUAAUGUGCAAUCAGCGGAAGAUCCGCUCAUGGUCGCGACUGUGAAUCUAACCGAUGCGGCGGUGAGCUCAAUCCAGCGUAACCACAAAAAUGGAAUGAAGAAUACAUGCGCUGCAUUGGAAUCGUUCGAAGCGUAUCAAUUCGCGCUGGUCGCUGUCAAGGAAACAACCGACACAGGUCAUUUGGAGAGCUUCCACGUCCUGACCGGCGAGGUUAAGGACUAUAUCGGCACAAUCACCAAGCAAGAUGCUUUGGGAUCCCUAACUUCGCCUUGGAACGGUCGGGUUGAAACGCUAGAUUCAUCAGUGUCUCUUGCCUUGGGCUACUUCCUUACGCUCGUCAGAAGCCCUCAUAUUUGGCCUCAGCUGAAGACUGAUGAUAGGCGCGCUCUUUUCGAGCGCGUUCUGGGUCUAGCAGCGUCACAAAUUCCGUUGCCCUCUAACUUGGAGACUCCUCCGCCGAAUGCAAGAUUUGUCCAGGCAUGGGCCUCAGUCGUUUGCCAUGAAUACCUACUCAACUCGCCGGCAAUCGCAGUGGAUCUCGUUCAUGUACUUUCCAAGCAGUUGAAAGUUGAUAAGGAACAUCGCAGGCUCUAUAUUGAAAGCCUCCAAAGAGUGCCUGGACCGUUGAUCAUGCGGCGCCAAAGAGGCGUGCUUCUGGACUUGCUUCAGGAAAUUCUUGUCCAGGAGGAUAGCAUGACGGAGAUCAAGCUCGGACUCCUGUCGCUGAUGGCCAAACUGGCAGAUAUGCCCAAGACCGCAGCGACUUUCACGAGCGAUUGGGAGCCUAUGUUCACCGCUGCCAAUGCUGUUACGUUGCAGGGAACUGAAAACGAUCUACAGAUUAUGAAAGCGUUCCGCAAUCUACAUCGAGCAGUAAUAUUCAAGCUGCUUGUUCUAUCAGAGGAAGAUCGUGAUAAGCUGUUCAAAAAGAUGUAUCGCAAGGUUUCAGCCAAGGUCCUGAAGUUGAAAUCCCUUGACCACGACUCAAUGGAGUGCUUCUUCUUCAGAAUUUCACUAUCGCAAUUCUGGCUCCGUCGCGAGCAGCUUUCUGGCGCAUUUGUUGAAAAGGAGCUCGACUCCUGCCGCCGGCAUAUGUUUGAUUUGAUUGUGGCUGAAGUUCGGUCUGUCAAGGACCAGUUGAAGAAGAAGAAGAUUGAGGAAACCGUUACGUUGAUCAAGAUCCUUGAUGCUCUGGAGGACUUUGAAGACCUGGUGGCGGAUAGCACUGAGGUUGGGAAAUUCUUGACAAAGAUCGAGAGCUACGUGGAAAGGUCUAUGGACUCCCGAUCUUCGUUGAGAAGGCUCAUAAGACGCCGUGUCUUUACUGGUCGGCGAUCGGACAGAAGCAUCACAGUUCCUGUUGUCCAAUGCGCUGAAACUCUUUCCCUCCAGCAUAUGUUUGGCGAGGAGCAGCAACUUUUCAUCCGAGCGACUACAGAGAAAUUCAAGUUUAUGAGCGUGGAAGAAGUGACCGCGGUGAUUCAAGAAUUACGCGAGCUUGGGUUCGAUGGCAACCGUGCCGCUUAUCGCCUACUUGCUGCUGGUAUUGCAGUCGCUUCACUACCGUCUAUCGAAGACAAGGAGACUUCUGCAGCAAAGGAGUUGUCACUCCUAUGCACGGCAGUUACAGAGUCUCUCUCGCAGAGUACUUCCAUUGAACAUUUUGCUUUCGCCGCAGAGUGUCUGGACAUUCUACUUCGCAACCACACACGUUGCAUUGCGCAAUGGAACAUCGACAGCCUCCUGGCAGCUAUCGCAGUAUGCGCGUCGAGAGCCGGACCCCGCAUCAACCCAGAGUAUGCUGCAACCAUAUACGUCCGGCUCUGUAAGCUGAUGGGAGUGCUGCUGGGACUUCACCGUCAGAAACUCGGCGGGCGUUUCCACUUGAUCCUUCCGGCCAUGCAGCGACUUUUGAACUGCCUUUUCGCCCGCUCCAAGAAGAGAAGUCGACCCAUGCUUUCCGCAAAGGGGCACACGCAGCAGCCGUACUGGCUUGCACCACUGCAGGCUUCACAUGCCGUCCAUUUCACCCGUCUGCUCACCUCGCUCUGCGAUCCCACCGUCUCCGCCGUCUCACGACCCACACAAUCUGGAGGCAGCCGUGAGGCUCUCACUGACCAGACCAAGAAAGCCAAGCGUAUUGCGGGUCAGUAUUUGCAGUACUUGAUCAUGGAGUACGCGCAGAGUUCACUCCGCGGCUCCUUGGUGCCCGAAGUGAAAGCAGCAAUUCUUCCUGGUCUCUAUGCUGUUCUGGACGUGAUGUCGCGGGAUACCAUGCGGGCCAUGAAUGCAGGCUUGGAUGUUUCGGGACGGGCAAUCUUCAAGGGUCUCUAUGAUGACUACGUGAAGUUUGGCAAAUGGAACAAGGGUUGAGGUUGAAUUGGCAUUCCUUCUUAUGUAUACAGAUACCACUUUUCCACUACAUGUGAAAUCAUGAAGAUUUUAUAACACGUAUCAG